AUGGUAUAUAUCACUAUUAAAAAUAAUGACCUCUCAGCCAGGUUGGUGGGCAUCCAGUCCCAGAAGGCCGAGUUCCUCAUCACCUUCAAGACCAUGGAGGAAAUCUGGAAGUUCUCCACCUACCUGAACUUAGGCUACGUAGCUGCGUGUCUGGAGCACCUUCUCUUUGACCACAAGUACUGGCUCAACUGCAGACUGGUGGAGGAUACAGAGAUCCAAGUGUCAGUGGAUGAUAAACACCUGGAAACAAUGUACCUCGGACUCCUGACACAUGAAGGCCACUUCUUCUGCCGAGCCACGUGCUCCGUGACCCAACCAGCUGAGAAGGAAGGCGAGUGUUUGGCACUUUGCGAGAACGAGUUAAUCUCCGUGAAGAUAGCUGAAGGCGGGUCGGAGUGGGAAGGCGUGUCCUUGGUGACCGGUCAGCGGGGCCUGGUGCCGGUGUCAGCCCUGGAACCCCUGCCGCUCCCUUUCCACCAGUGGUUCCUAAAGAAUUAUCCAGGAAGCUGUGGCCUUUCCAGGAAGAGGGAUUGCACGGGCUCCUAUCAGAUCGGCAGAGGAAAAUGUAAGGCCUGGAAGGAAUAUGAGAGGGAAGAAAAGGAUGAACUGAAUUUCCGUCAGGGAGAAAGCAUCGAAAUCAUCGGCUUUGUCAUACCUGGGCUCCCAUGGUUCAUUGGCAAGUCCACGUGCUCAGGAGAAGUGGGCUUUGUCCCCACCAAGAACAUAGAUCCUGAUUCUUAUUGUCCACUGUUUGUCCUUCGUCUCCAUCCAGGUGGGUUUGAAUCCAUCCAGAAUCUUCCAAACGAUCUGAGCGUGUCCCAGCCCGAAGGCUUCAGGGAGGCCCGGCCUGGCGGAGCCUGGGCGGAGCAUCAGGCCGUGGGCUCCCGACACUCCAGCAGCUCCGAGGACUCCAGCCUGGAGCAGGACCUCCUCUCAGCUGCCUCAGACAGUUAUCACCUGCCGGAGCCCGAUGACCUUGAUGACCCGGAACUGCUCAUGGACCUCAACACUGAUCAGGAGGAGGAGGAGGCUGAGAACUUCGCCCCCAUAUUGACUUUUCUGGAUCACGAGGGUUAUGCCGAGCACUUCAAGAGCCUCUAUGAUUUCUCCUUCUCUUUCCUCACGUCUUCCUUUUAUAGCUUCUCUGAGGAGGACGAGCUGGUGGCCUACCUGGAGGCCUCGAGGAAGUGGGCCAAGCGGAGCCACAUGACCUGGGCCCAUGCCCGGCUCUGCUUCCUGCUGGGCCGGCUGAGUGUCAGGAAGGUCAAGCUCUCUCAGGCCAGGGUGUACUUUGAGGAGGCCAUCCACAUUCUCAGUGGGGCAUUUGAGGACCUGUCCUUGGUGGCUGCUCUGUACAUCAAUUUGGCUGCUAUCUACCUGAGGCAGAGGCUGAGGCAUAAAGGCUCAGUCCUGCUGGAGAAGGCAGGCGCCCUGCUCACCUGCCUGCCUGACCGGGAGUCUAGUGCCAAGUAUGAGCUCGACGUGGUGGCCUAUGUGCUGCGCCAGGGCAUUGCGGCGGGCAGCUGUCCUCUGGAGGCCAGGGCCUGCUUCCUGGCCAUUCGAUUGCUCCUGAGCCUCGGCCGGUACGAGGAGGUCCUGCCCUUUGCGGAACGUCUGCAGCUUCUGUCUGGACACCCUCCUGCUGCGGACACUGUGGCCACCAUCCUGAGUUUUCUGUAUGAUAAGAAAUAUCUUCCACACCUUGCAGUGGCCUCUGUCCGGCAGCGUGGCCUCCAGAGUGCCCAAGGGACGUCCCUUCCGAUUUGGCAGGUCUACCUGGUCCUCCAGAAUGCCACCAAGCUCCUUGGUGUUCCCUCCCCAAGCUGGAAUGAAGUUUCCACUCUGGCCUGCCCGGCACUCAGGCAGGCACUGGCUGCCUGUGAGGAGCAGGCAGAUCGGUGUACCCAGAGGGNCCUUUCCAACCCUUCCAUGUCCCUCAGGAAGUCUCUCACCUGCAUCAAAGAGAGCCUGCGCAUCUUCAUCGACCUGGGGGAGAGAGACAAGGCCACCGAGGCCUGGCUCCGGGCUGGGCGACUGCACUACCUCAUGCAGGAAGACGAACUGGUGGAACUGUACUUGCAGGCAGCUAUCCAGAAAGCCCUGAAGUCAGAGGAGCCCUCCCUGGCUCUCAAGCUCUACGAAGAAGCAGGUGAUGUGUUCUUCAAUGGAACCCGCCACAGGCAUCGUGCAGUGGAGUAUUACCGAGCUGGGGCUGUUCCUUUAGCAAGAAGGAUGAAGGCAGUGAGAACGGAGCUCCGGAUUUUCAACAAGCUGACCGAGCUGCAGAUCAGUCUGGAAGGCUACGACAAGGCUUUGGAGUUUGCCACCCUGGCGGCCAGACUCAGCACAGUCACAGGAGAUCAGAGGCAGCAGCUGGUGGCCUUUCACCGUCUGGCUUCGGUGUACUAUUCCCUGAACAUGUAUGAGAUGGCUGAAGACUGUUACCUGAAGACGCUGUCCCUCUGUCCAGCCUGGCUGCAGAGCCCCAAGGAGGCCCUGUACUAUGCGAAGGUUUAUUAUCGCCUGGGCCAACUCACCUUCCACCAGCUGAAGGAUGCCCACGAUGCCACUGAAUACUUCUGGCUGGCGCUGGCAGCCGCGGUCCUGCUGGGUGACGAGGAGUUGCAGGACACCCUGAGGAACAGGCUGGACAACAUCUGCCAGAGCCCCCUGUGGCACAGCAGCCCCUCUGGGCGCUCCUCAGAGAGGGCGCGGUGGCUGAGUGGUGGGGGCCUGGCCCUCUGAGGGGAGCUCGCCCAUCUCUGACCAGUUGCCACGGCCAAAAGCUGCCCCCCUGCCCUCGGCUUCUAGACACUCAUGGGAGGAUCCGAGUCAUCACCUGGCCCAGCCCUCUCAUUUUACAGUGGGAAGAACAGAGUCCAGAGGGCCGGCAGCUCGCUCAGGCUGGCCACGCAAGCCGCGGAUGACAGAGCAGGGAUGAGAAGCCCUGGCUCUGUGUCUGCAGCCUUAGCAGCAGACCCCGUCCACACAGACGGCCUCUGAAAUGUACUUUCUUGACACAAUUCAGGAGAAAAUGAGAAACCCAGCUCCUUCCCGCAAUGGGGGAAUCGGGAACUACAUGGCGAGAAGAUGGCAGACUGGACUUUGUUCCCGUCACUGCCUUUGCUCAGGGAAAGACCCCUCCCCUUGCCCGUGAAGACACUGGCAGCUUCUUCCUUCUCUCUCUUGGCUAGGACCAAAGCAGGCGUCACUUCUCCUGCUCGCAGGGCCUGGCGGGGGGUGCGCGGUGGGGGUGGGAAUUCACCGUGCUCUUAGCCCGAAAGACACAGCCUCAGAAUGGCCAGUGCAAGGCACAGGCACGAGGUCUGACCUGGAUUUACUGUCUCCAUCCUGCCCCGAGGCUCUGCUCCCCCAUAAUCUCCCAGGAACCCCGGGGAAGCUUCCUGAGGGCUAGGGCAGAAACAUUGAGUGCUAAGAAUACUAUGACGUAAAGUACAUGUAAAUAGCAUAUAUUAUUAA